UGGUGAAGCUUUAGACCAACUUAUGUAGCCAUGUUCAGCCAUCCUCUCAAACUGUCAGAGCGUUGCAGUUGCACAAUGCAUAUCUCUCACCCGACCUCAGUGCUUUUAUUGCUUGCUGUUCUCUGCAAUCUGCUGGUUUGUCUAGCAGGAGUGACUGUGAAAUAUCCACGAGACCCAUAUACUAAAGCCGAAGGAGAUACUUUAACGCUCAAGUGCAUGGUGCACUAUGAACCAAAAACAUGCAAAGACAUUAAAACCAGAUGGUGCUGUCUAGACAAAGUAGACCACUGUUCAUCCCUAAAGGAUCCAUCCAGGUACCUAAUUCAAGUAAAUGAGACACAAGAGAAAGAAUAUCGACAAAGAAGCAUUUUUGUCACCUUCAAUUCCUUGACACGCCAAGACACCGCCUACUAUCAGUGUAAUGCAGUGUGCAGCAGCGGAACCGAAGGCAAAGGCCAUCUCGUGCACCUUAAUGUGACAGGUUUGAAAGCCUCAAAAUGGAGCGGCCAGAGCAAGGUGGACACAGCUUUGCUUACACUGAGUGUCGCUUUACUUUUAUGGAGUUAAUGAGGACAAAAACAAGGGUGGAUAUGACACACAACAUGCUGUGAAUCUAUUUUUUUUACAUAAUUUAAAAAAUGUUUUUUAUUCAAAAUAAACCAGAGACAGAAACA